AUGGAUUAUCGCGUGUUAAUAAGCAAAGAGAGUGAUUUAUCAAUAAAUAAAUUCUGGAAAGGCAUUGAAAUAUUAUUAAACAACAGUCACUUAAUAAACAAGAGAGUGGUCUUGUCAACAAUUAUUCUUAAAGCUGAAUUAUCAAACAUCAACAUUGAUUCUGUAGUCGAGCACAUUACAAGUAUCAAUGACGUUUCUCAACUGGUUGAGUAUGAUUCAAAUAAAAAUUUAAAUAUCAUCAAUAAUUACGACUUUAUUAUCUUACCUGAAGAGUUCAAUAUUUUUGAAGACGACGUCGGAGUUAACCAAGAACAGACAAUAUAUUUAAUAGUCAAAAAAUUGCUUCCGAGGGAAAGCCAAAAAUUCUCUCAAGCGAUAGAGUUUGACAUUAUUGAUAAAAAUAACAGAGUUGUUAUAAGUUUAACAAAGCAAAUUUUAGAUGAAAAUAAAAAGUCUCUUGGUCUUCAAUGGCCUUAUAAAAUAAUAAAUGAUAAUAAUAAUAAGCAAGUAAGUUUGUUGAUUCCAAAUGAAUUUUCUAAUGAAUCCAGCGAGUCAAGUAUUGACUGGCUUAAGACAAAACUCUUCGGCAGCUUGAUCAAGUGGAUGGACUACGAUGACAAGCAGAAGAAAUCAUUCAUCCAAGGAUCUUUGAAUUUAAUUUCUAAUGAGAAAUAUUGUAAAUUGUAUAAUGAGCUGAAGAAAAAGUACGGAGUUGAUUUGGUUAAAAACUGGCCAGAGUGCACUGAUCCUCAGAAAUUUGUUUACGAAGAUGUUGCUAUCGCUAGUUAUUUAAUUGUACUCUGGGAGCAGGAGAGAGAAGAAAAAAAAAUAGAUAAAAAACAGUCAUUUUUAGAUCUCGGUUGUGGUAAUGGCUUACUUGCUUACAUUUUGAGCAAUGAAGGAUUUCCUGGACGUGGUGAAAAAACUUUAAUUCCCUCAUCAGACUCAUUAUUUCCUGACACAGAUUGGCUGAUAGGAAAUCACUCGGAUGAAUUAACACCGUGGAUACCAGUAAUAGCAGCACGUAGUUCGUAUAACUGUAGAUUUUUUUUACUUCCUUGCUGCGCUCACGAAUUUGACGGUAGAAAAUACCAAAGAAGUUGCGCGGGGAAUAGUCAGUAUUUAGAAUAUUUAGAGUAUGUAAAAAGUAUUUGUGAGGGCUGUGGGUUCAUCACAAGGUGCGAUAGAUUACGAAUACCAUCUACCAAACGAGUGUGUUUAAUUGGAUGGCAAAGAAAUUACCAGGAAGCUCAAGUCCCGGAGAUAAAUAAGCGAAUUGAAGAGAUAAUAAAUGCAAGAGCGUUGCAAAAAAUAAAUAGUGUUGUAGUUAAUCAAGACAACGAUACUGGACAAUGGUCAAGUGAUUUUAAGCCACGGGAUUUAGUUGAAAAAGUUAAAAAUUGUACGAAGGUUGAUAAAAAUAUUGUUAAUGAGAUUGUUAAUUUAGUUGCUAAUUAUCUGUUGCAAAAAGUCAGGAUAAUUGGUGUUAAAAAGGAUGAGGAUGGCGAGGAAUGCAAGUGGAAUGCUGGAGGUACUAUUGAAUUGAAUGAAAUUGCUAAACUUGUACCAUCUAGUACUUUGAAAGAAUUAAAAGCAGAAUGUGGAGGCUUGCAAACGCUCUUAAGGAAUAAUAGCAAUAUUUUUCAAAUUUAUAAUGGCACAGUUCAAUUCAGAAUUCCGGGGAGUAAUAAUUUGAAUACUAAAAAACGUAAAAAUAAAUCAAAUGUACGAUUAAAAUCUAUUGCUUUUCAUAGUUUCUAA